CUCCAACACAAUAAAAAUUACACUUUAAAUGCGGAUAAAAUUAGUCAUCUUCUACGGCACUUGCUACGUGCUGUGCUGCUCGCUCUCUACAAACACUAUACCAGAUAGAAUCGAUACAUAUCUAUAUGAAAUCGGCCUUCAUACAAUUCACAGCCUAGUGAAUUUUGCUGAAACAUCCCUCACGAUAUGUCUAGACAUUACUUUGAUCCUGAAAUCAAGGAGCUUGAAGGAAUCAAUGCAGAGAUGGAUGUAAGACUUCAAAGCAUGUUGAGAUCUAUCAAAGAGGAAGGUACUUGUACGAAAGAGGCCAUUACAGGCUUGAUCGGGACUUUAAACAGCGAUUACCAGUCUCUUUACUCGCGUUACGACCAUCUAAUCGAGAAACUAAGACAAAAGGCCGAGGGCAAGAAAGGGAAUUGCGGUUCUUCAUCCACCUCAGGGUCCUCAGACUCAGAUGAAGCACCGAUAAAUUUACCUGCAAAAAGCCCUGAACCCAAGAAAAGGGGAAAAGAGAACUCGAAACUUCUGAUGGAAAAUGUUAGCCUCAAUCUUGAACUCGUCAAAUUGCGCGCACUGCACAUGAAAGUAACUGAAGCGAAGAAUCGGGAAAUCAAUCGUCUGGAAGAAAAUAUUGAAGAGGUUAAGACAGAGCUGGAAAUGAAAGACGACGAGAUCAGCAGGUUGGCAGACAACUUGAGAGCCAUCGAAAUCAGUCAACGUUUGACCAACCGGAAGCUUCUUGUCACGGAACAGUUACUGAAUGAGAAAGAGGAGAAGUUUCUAGAAGAUCAGAAGUUGCUCGAGAAAAGGAUUUCUGCUUUGUCCGCUUCAGUUUCUGUAUACGAAGAAGCUCAGGCGAAAACCGCGACCGAAAUAUCUGAUAAGGUAAAUGAAACUUUAAUGGGGAUGGAUAACUUGGGCGUGAAGUUUCAGGAGGACUGCAAGCAUUUUGAGUCCCGUGUUUAUGAUAUCACAAACAAGCUGAGUGUUGUGCUGAAAUGGAUAGAUGAGAAUAAUAUCGAGAAGGAUAGGAUGAAGGAAGAAAUUUGUGAUCUGGUUGGGCAACUGAAGGAAAAGGAGGGAAUUGAGACGAAGUUGGGGUUUUAUGGAGAGGAAAGGAAAAAUUUGACUCGAGUUUUGAAAGAACAGGAAGAAAAGAUGGGGGAGAUGGAAAGGCAGAUGAAAGAGAAAGAUGAGAGGAUUUUGAGCAUGGGUGAAGAGAAAAAGGAGGCCAUAAGACAGCUGUGCAUUUGGAUCGAUCAUCAUCAUCAUCAACGUGAUCGUGUGGCAGCCAUGAAAACGAGAGGUGAAAGAGGGCUUAUAGCUGCGUUUUUGUCAUUUGUUUCCACUUCUUGUUCUGAGUUUUGGUAAUCUGUUUCUUUUUUCUUUAGGCAAAUUGAUUGUUAAGGGGUGUGUCUAGAUGCUGUAAAUAUGUGAACUUCGUCUAUUUUUGUCAGUUUUUUCCACUUGUUCUGAGUUUGGUUCUCUGUUUCUUUUAUCUUUAGGCAAAUUGAUUGUUAGAUGCUAUAAAUAUGUGAACACCGUUUUUCG